UGUAUUAUAUAUAUUAAGAUUUGUCUCUGUUAUUUUCCAAUCAUUUUAGAUCAAAGUUUUAAAAGAGUGAUCUAAUUAGUAACUGACGCGUUAUAACUGAUUGUGGAAAACACGAUUUGAUAGGAUGAAAUAUAGGAAAAGAGCCUAUCCAACAUGACAGUUUAUUGAUAAAUUCCUAUCCAGUUAUAGAAAUUUAGAAUAAACAUUUACUCUGUAAAAAAUGUAAAAGCAGCUGUUACAGUAGUAGUGAAUAUAUAAAAGUGAAUUAAAAGGAUGAUACAUUGGCACUUAUCAGCACUGAUAUUAAUAUAAAACUAGAAUAAACUUAAAUGGAUUUCCAGCUGUACAAACUGGUUCAAACAGAGCUGUCUCUUAUACACGCCAUACUUCUGACCUUCAUGCAGCUCUUAAACAUGUUAAACGCUCAAAAUGAGACUUUAACUGCGACUAUAACUGCGAAGUAUCUGUAUUCCCAUGGGUACCCAACUGAAUAUCCAAAUAAUUUGUUAUAUGAUUGGCUCAUAACAUCAGAUAGUCCUACUGAAUUUGUAAACAUUAUAGUAGAAGAUUGCGAGAUUGAGAUUUUAGAAGGAAAGGUGACGUCAGCAUGUCAAGUUGACAAACUAUCCAUCUAUGAUGGCGAGUUUGACAAUUCUACAGCGCUGUACAAAUCGUGCUGUAUUACAGAUGUACCAGCAUUGAAUAGUACUGGUCCUUACAUAUUAAUCAGAUUUGUAACAGACAACUCAAUUGUAGCAAGAGGAUUCAGAAUUAAAUAUUAUAAUUCUGCAAAUAAAUCUACAGAUGAAGCAGCUGCUGCUUUUGGUCUUUACAUAGCAAUAGCAGUUGUAAUCGUUGCUGUAUGUGUUAUCCUUGUUGUAAUAGCUUUCUACAUCUAUAAGCGGAAGAAGACGAAAACGCAUAGUCAACGGGUCAAUCCACUAGGAAGAGAGGAGGCAAAUACCAGUACGAAAACAGACAAGUACCAAGAGACGGAACCAGUUGAUGAGUAUAACAAACCGCCUUUACCAUCUGACAGCUCGGUACCGCUACCUAACGGUUGGUCAGAACUUGAGGGAAUGGUAGCACCACAAAAUAUCGGACACAAGCUCGAUAUUAUCAACUACAAGAACCUUCCCGAUGGUAAUACCAGAGGCAAUAAAUUGCCACCAAAUCAACAAGGGAACUAGACUGACCACAGUGUCGUUCAUCUUAGAAGCAAACGAGUUAAUGCUCUGGACACAAAAUGAAAUUAUGCAGUAAUUAUAACAUUAACAUUACUAAGCAAACGAUCUUUUGUACGGAUGUAGAUUAAGUGAAAUAUUUGAUGAUUUUUGUGCAGUCUAUUUAAAUUAAGACACAUUAUCCAUUUCCAUUAUUCUGUAUUCCAACGUUCUGCGGCAAACAUUUCCAAUCUAAUGGAACAGAAAUGGAAUCCUUGUUUUAAACAGCUGUGAUUCUGUUUAAAAAAUGUACAUAAAUGGCCGUUUGAAAAAUCUGAUUGCAAAUUUAUUUGCUGCAACUCAUAUAAAGCCUUCUUCUGUAAUGAAAGAGGUAAAUAUGCUAGAUAUACUUACUGGAGGUGUGAUGAGAUCAGAUGAUUACAGCUGUAAAUUUUUCUCCUUGACAAAAUUUAUGUACUUUUCGGAAAUUAGGUUUAUCGAAAGGUUGUAGGUAUUCAUAUGGGCACCAAUUGCGCCCCUUUAACAGCAGACUUGUUCCUGUACUGGCAUGAAUCACAGUGUAUGGCCAAACUCAGUAAAGACCCGUCUAAAUUUCAUUUACUUGAUAAAUUCAACAACAUUUACCGUUAUCUUGAUAUGUUUUCAUAAAAUAAUCAAGAAUUCUCUAAAUAUACUGCCGAAAUUUACCCAAAGCAACUUACUUUAAAUAAAUAAAAUAUAUACAGCAAUAACUAUCCUUUCAUAGAUUUAGAUAUUUCAGUUUUACACGGGAAACUUAAAGUGUUGUGAUUUUCGCUUGUCGUUUUGUAAAUAAAUCAGGCCGACAGUUUUCUCGUUUGAAUUGUUUUACAUUUGUCAUUUCAUGGCCUUUUACAGAUUACUGUGCGUUAUGGGUUUUGUUCAUUGUUGAAGGGUGUACGGCGACCUUUAGUUGCCAACUUCUAUACUCAUUUGGUCUCUGAUGCAAUAUGAAUAAAAUACAGAUCCUAUAUACAAGCUUUACUUACAAUGAUCUGAAAACACUCCAUUCUACUUUCUGUUUAAAGACCUUUCGGGAUCCUCUGGUUUAGUCUGAUUAAUACGCACCUUCAAAAAUUUAAAGGCUGAAAUGUCAUUGGCUGAUGUAACAAUCACCAGAACAGAAAGUAAAACCGAGUGUUGUCAGAUCCUGGUAAGCAAAGCAUGACAUAGGAUCUGUAUUUUAAUCAGAUUGUCUCUGGUGGAGAGUUGUCUCAUUGGUAAUCAUACAACAUCUUAAGUUCUUAUUUAUAUAUACACUCGGUAGCAUUAAUUCAGAUACUAAAAUAAGUUACAUCACUUUGAGAGGAUACUGUUUUUUUUUUUUUUUUUUUUUUUUUAGCUCGUGCUCUGAUUCUUUCAUAACUUUUAAUUUUCUAGAAAAUUGAAGUGUAUUGCAUCUAUGUAGAUAUUUAAUUCAUUGUUAAUAAAACUGUAUUCAUUUAA